UUAAAGGGUGCCGUCUCUUAAAGGGGCCGCGUCUUAAUUCAAGGGGGGCGGAGCUUGAAAGGCAACAAAAUGGCGUCGGUCCGUGGGUGUGGAUCGAACCAUGGCAUCGUACCGGGUUCGGGUCAGUACCGGGUGUCAGCCCGGUGCCGGUACCGCCGAUAAUAUCUCCAUUACUUUGAUCGGGACUAAAGGUUGUAGCCCUAAAACCCCGUUAGAUGGAUGGGGACCCGAUUUCUGCUGUGGGGCGGAACGUGACUACGUGGUGGUGACCCCAAAGGAUUUGGGAUCUCUGCUGUUGGUUCGGGUCCAUAAAGAACCUUAUGGGCGCCUGCCCCAAAGCUCCUGGUACCUCGAAAGGGUCCGAGUGUGGCCACAGGGGGGGGGCGACCCCAAAAGGGGGGACCCUACUGACCCUAAUAAUGGGGACCCUAUUAAUGGGGACCCUAUUGACCCUAUUAGGGGGGACCCCAAUAGUGGGGACCCUAUUAACAAGGAUCUUAUUAGUGGAGACCCUAUUAGGGGGGACCCCAAAAGGGGGGACCCUAUUGACCCUAUUAGGGGCGACCCCAAAAGGGGGGACCCUAUUAACCCUAUUAGGGGGGACCCUAUUAAUAGGGACCCUAUUAACCCUAUUACAGGGGACCCCAAUAAUGGGGACCCUAUUAACCUUAUUAAGGGACCCAAUAGUGGGGACCCUAUUAACCUUAUUACAGGGGAUCCCAAUAGUGGGGACCCUAUUAACCCUAUUAGGGGCGACCCCAAAAGGGGGGACCCUAUUGACCCUAUUACAGGGGACCCUAUUAAUAGGGACCCUAUUAACCCUAUUAGGGGGGACCCUAUUAAUAGGGACCAUAUUAACCCUAUUAGGGGGGACCCUAAUAGUGGGGACCCUAUUAACCCUAUUAGGGGGGACCUUAUUAACCCUAUUAAGAGGGACCCUAUUAACCCUAAUAGUGGGGACCCUAUUAACCCUAUUAGGAAGGACCCCAUUAGUAAGGACCCUAUUAACCCUAUUAACCCCAUUAAUAAGGACCCUAUUAGAGACCCCAUUAGUAAGGACCCUAUUAACCCUAGUAACCCUAUUAACCCCAUUAGUAGGGACCCUAUUAACCCUAUUAAUCCUAUUAACCCUAUUAACCCUAGUAACCCUAUUAGUAAGGACCCCAUUAGUAGGGACCCCAUUAGUAGGGACCCUAUUAACCCUAUUAACCCCAUUAACCCCAUUAGUAGGGACCCCAUUAACCCCAUUACCAGCGACCCCAUUAAAAACCCCAUUAACCCCAUUGACAACAAUGAGGAUCCCAUUGAUCUCAAUGAAGACGACGACGACAAUGAAGGCUCCAUUCAUUCCAAUGGCUCCAUUGAUUCCCACGGCUCCAUUGAUUCCAUUGACUCCAUUGACUCCAUUGAUUCCCACGGCUCCAUUGAUCCCAUUGACUCCAUUGAUCCCAUUGACUCCAUUGGUUCCCACGGCUCCAUUGAUCCCAAUGCCUCCAUUGAUCCCAAUGCCUCCAUUGAUCCCAAUGACUCCAUUGACUCCAAUGAUGAGGAGGGGUCUAUAGGGGAUGAAGACCCCCCUUACCCACCCUAUAACGACCCCGAUGGCCCCUAUGAGGCCGACGAGGGGCUGGAGGACUUAGAGGGUCUCUAUGGGGCUGAGGAUGAUGAUGAUGAUGAUGAAGGCUCCAUAUGGGGAGGGGGCUCGAUGAAAGACCCCCCCCCUCCUCCCUAUUCGUUCCCAUGUUAUCGAUGGCUGGAAGGAUUUGGGACCUGGGAGCUGCCGGAGGGGACAGCCCGGACCCCCGCCCAGGAGGACUUCAAUCCAUUGCUACAAAGGCAGCGACGUCGAGCCCUACAACAACAGCAGCGUCGCUUCAAAUUAGCCCGUUUCGCCCCUGGACUCCCAUGGGCCCGCCCCCAAUGCUCCGCCCCCGACCUGGACCUUCUUUAUUCCAUCCCUAAAGCAGCCGCCUUCUACCUGAGGGGCGGGGCCGCGAACCUCGAGACCAAAUUAAAGGGUUUUUUGGACCGGGCCGAGUCCUGGCAGAGCCUUGAUGCCAUAACAAGGAUCUUCUGCUUCUAUCACACCCCUGUUACUGAUUACGUGGUGAAGCACUGGCAGGAGGACUCGUUCUUUGGGGCCCAGUACCUCAAUGGGGUCAACCCCGUCCUAUUACGUCGCUGCACCCGCCUGCCCCAUAACUUGGCCGUCACCCCACAGAUGCCCUUAACCCUCCACUUCCUGUCCUCUGACCUCCACUUCCUGUCUUCUGACCUCCACUUCCUGUCUUCCGCCAUCUUCUUCCUGUUCUCUCCCCUCCACUUCCUGUCUUCCGCCAUCUUGUUCCGGCCCUUAACCCUCCACUUCCUGUCACCUGACCUCCACUUCCUGUCUUCCGCCAUCUUCUUCCUGUCCUCUCCCUUCCACUUCCUGUCCUUACUCCUCCACUUCCUGUCUUCCGCCAUCUUGUUCCAGCCCUUAACCCCCCACUUCCUGUCCUCUUCCCUCCACUUCCUGUCUUCUGACCUCCACUUCCUGUCUUCCGCCAUCUUGUUCCGGCCUUUAACCCUCCACUUCCUGUUCUCUUCCUUCCACUUCCUGUCUUCCGCCAUCUUNUCUGACCUCCACUUCCUGUCUUCCGCCAUCUUGUUCCGGCCUUUAACCCUCCACUUCCUGUUCUCUUCCUUCCACUUCCUGUCUUCCGCCAUCUUCUUCCUGUCCACUCCCUUCCACUUCCUGUCCUUACUCCUCCACUUCCUGUCUUCCGCCAUCUUACCCUCCACUUCCUGUUCUCUUCCACUUCCUGUCUGCCGCCAUCUUGUUCCGGCCUUUAACCCUCCACUUCCUGUUCUCUUCCUUCCACUUCCUGUCUUCCGCCAUCUUCUUCCUGUCCACUCCCCUCCACUUCCUGUCCUUACUCCUCCACUUCCUGUCUUCCGCCAUCUUGUUCCGCCUCCGACCAAUCCCCUUCACCCCCAUGAUUUCUCUCCCACCAAUCAGCUCCAACAAAAACCCGGCCCGUCCAAUCCGGUGCUGGUUCCCGAGGACCCCCCGUGGCUUUGGGCCUUGGCCAAGGCCUGGGUUCGUAGUGCGGAUUUCCAGGUCCACGAAGCCAUCACUCAUUUACUUCGGGCUCAUCUAUUGGGUGAGGUGUUCGCAAUGGCCACCAGGAGGCAAUUGGCCACUCAGCACCCCAUCUAUAAGCUGCUCCUGCCCCACACGAGGUACACGGUCCAUAUCGCUACGUUGGCCCGGCGCUUCCUGCUUAAUCCUGGGGGGGUCUUUGACCAGGUGAGGCCUAUGGGGGGCGGGGUUCACCCUCGUGUUUCACACUCAUUUUCCUUGUUUCCCCCCAGUUUCGUGUCCGGGAUCGUUCACUUUUAUUACCCGUGUGACGGCGCCGUGCGACGCGACCCCGAGUUACAGGCCUGGGUGAAGGAGAUCUUCCAUAAGGGCUUCCUGGGGAGGAAGAGAUCCGGUACCACCCCAUAGAACCCCAUAGAACCCCAUAGAACCCCAUAGAGCCCCAUAGAACCCCAUAGA